UGUGACUCCGUGUGUUUGGUAGCAUGCAGUCUCAGUGCACCUGUGUACCUAUUUAAGCGGGAACGCAGGAACCAAAAUGUUUGCUUUCAAGCUGACCUUGUGAUCAUAAGGAAUCCUAAAACACCCUCCCAAAUGGUUCAAAGUAAAAGACACAACAGCAAGCAGCUGUGAAAAGUGUCUUACCUUCUGCAAGAACAUUAACACCAUUCCUGCUCUCAUCCUCGGCCCAGUGGUGCUCUCUUUUUUUUUCUCCAGCUCUUUGGACUGAGACUGAAUUGUUCUGAUGGAGCAGAAGGUAGUUCUCAUCACCGGCUGCUCGUCAGGAAUCGGACUAAGUCUGGCCAUCCAUCUUGCAUCAGAUCCUUCUAAAACAUACAAAGUGUAUGCCACCAUGCGUAAUCUGGAUAAGAAGCAGCGCUUGCUGGAGAGUGUGAGAGAUCUACACAAUGAGACCAUGGCCAUUCUGCAAAUGGACAUCACAGACCAGCAGUCCAUAACAACGGUCCAGGGAAGCAUCACAGAGGGCCGAGUAGACAUACUGGUAUGUAAUGCAGGUGUGGGGCUUAUGGGUCCCCUGGAAGCCCAAUCAGAAAACAUCAUGAGAGGAAUCUUAGAGGUGAAUCUGCUGGGUACAAUCCGCACCAUCCAAACAUUCCUACCCGAAAUGAAGAGAAGGAGACAAGGGCGAAUCCUGGUCACUGGCAGCAUGGGAGGCCUACAAGGUCUUCCGUUUAAUGAGGUAUACUGUGCCAGCAAAUUUGCAGUAGAGGGAGUCUGUGAGAGUCUGGCCAUCUUGCUGCAACACUUCAAUAUCCAUGUGAGUCUGAUAGAGUGUGGGCCAGUGAACACAGACUUCCUGAGGAACCUGAAGAAAACAGAGGUGAGUGAUGAGUCUGUGGAAGUGGACGCACACACCCUCCAUCUGUAUGAGAUGUACCUGCAGCACUGUGAGAAGAUGUUCCAGAACGCAGCACAGGACACUGAAGACAUCAUUCAGGUCUUUAUGGAGGUGAUCCAAUCUCAGUGUCCAGUCUUCCGGUACUAUACUAACGGCACUCUUCUCCCUCUGAGUAGCCUUAAGCUGACAGCGCUUGAUGGCUCACAAUACAUCCGAGCCAUGAGUAAGCUUAUAUUCUCUUCUGAGAAUGCAGAAACACAGAAAUAACAACACACUUCAAUACCAAGGUGAAAAUGUUCAUUUUAUUCAGUGAAGUUACAUAUUGUAUUAGUUUAUUUCAGCUCUAAUUGCUUGGAUAUAAUCAUUAUACUGCGGACACAUAUAAAUAAACUAAACUGUAUGUGCGUUGUCUAGCAUGUUGAAAUAAAAGGUCAUGUUCUAUAUGAAAGAAAAUGUAUAAUUAAAAGGUUUUCUUACUGCAAUAAAAAUAAACAAGGGGCACAGUGUGUUCAGUGA